UCUAUCUCUCUCCUUCUCAUUCUAUUUCUCUCGUCACACUUCACUUCUCUCCCCUCUCCUCUUCCUUCUCCCACGAGUCCUUCCACACUUCUCACUUUUUCACUCUCUUUCAUUUUUGCUAGUUUUCUUUCAAUUUUUAUUCCCCACUCUUCCAUAUUUCCCAGGGUGCCCUUUUUGUACUACUCAACGGGUGACAGAAUAUAAUAACACUAAUAAGGCCUAUGGAAUCGUCAAAGGUACGCAUUUGCCUUUGGGCAUCCCGACUGUACUCAGAUGGUCUCGAUCUUCUGAAGAAUCGAACGAGAUAGAAGAAUACAAAGUUGUUUUAGGAAGAUAAACAUGUAAACAAGGAAUUUUUAAUCAUUUUAUAUUCUCUAUAUAUAUAUAGAGAGAGAGAGAGAGAGAGAUAUUAAACGUUUUAAAAGAAAAACAAACAAACAAACAAAUAUUUGAAUCAUCAUGGUGUUUUAUUCGAUGAAUAUUUUACAGUGAUCAAAAAUAUGAUAAUAGAACAUUGAUUGUUCUUCUUCCCUUAGAAGGAAGAAGGACGAUAAAUUUAUAACUAAUCGAAUAGUUGUAAUAUUCCGUAUAUUAUUCGUAUUCGUAAUCGUUAAUAGUGAAAAAGAAAAAAAAAGUGUGGACCCGAUAAUAAUAAUAAUAAUUAUUAUUAUUUCAAUUGAUACCUUUUAAUUGGGAAAAGAAGAAGAAGAAAAAAAAGUUUUACUAGACACGUUUAAAACAGUUAUUAAGUUUAUUUAUUAACAGUUGAAAGAAAAUAUACAAAGAAGAAAGUGAAGUUAAAUUAAAAGAAAAAAAAAACACACACACACACAAUAACCCACCACUCACCCGCCUUAAAACGUUUAAUCCCCCCGCCGAUUGUGUGAGAUCGGCCGUUCGAGUGAGUGAACGAAAGCGAACGAACGUAUGACCAAGUUGAAAGGUUGGGUGUAGGUGGGCUACAAAGGUUGAGGGUUCUCUGUGCGGGAUUAUAAUUCGUGUGCGCGAAAUAAAUUAUUCUUAAUAAAGAUUUGUAAGGGAUGUCACGGAGAAAGCAGGCCCGACCGAGCCGUGCCCAUCUCGAGGAGGAUCUUGUUCAGGGCCAACUCCUGAUCGAUCAUCGUCUUCAUCAUCAACAUCAUCAUCAUCAUCAUCAUCAUACACAUCAUCCGGUUCGAAGCAUCGUUAACGAGAUCAGGGAAGAAAAUGAUUUCACAUCGGACGGUGAGGAAAGCGGCGGCGGUGGUGGAGGAGGAGACGAAGCUGUUGAUCUUACAGCAGCCCGAACGCAUCAUCACGGAGAGGAUGAUGAGAAGGAUCAAGAGGAUCCAUUGGAUGAGGACGAGGAUGGCGUUGACGAGCAAGACGAACAGGAGGAUGACGAAGAAGGCACGCGAAAACAAAUGCAUCAUAGACAGGAUGCAGAAAAUAAUAAUAAUUUCGUUGAGGGUGGUGCGAGUAGCGGGAUCUUUCCACCGGCCGGUACUAGUCACGUCACACUCGAAGCCCUUCAAAAUACGAAAGUGGCCGUCGCUCAAUUCGCGGCAACUGCAUUAUCUGGCGGGGCGGACAGCGAGGCGGCCUUACAGGACUUGGCCCUUUUGCAAAGUACCCUUUACACGCUGCAACAUCAGCAGGUUUUUCAAUUGCAGCUGAUAAGUCAGUUGCAACAACAAUUGUCAAUAACUCACAAUCAAUCGUUGCCGCAAUCAUCGACGGCCGAACCGUCCAACAACAGCAAGGAAGCUUCGCCGUCUCCCGUGCUGCAUCCAAAAGCAAUAUCCACGCUAACCUCGCCGACGUCCUGCCAAUCACCAAGCAGUAGUAGUCAUCGGCAACAAAGUUCGCCGGCACCGGCAACGCCUAAUCUGGCCCAAGAACGGCCUACGCCUAGUAGCAGUGCUUCUCCUCUCAAUUUGCCGCUACAAGCUACGCCUAACGUCUCCUCGAGCGUACCAACGACGAGUAAUAAUAGUAGCAGUUUAGCAUUGUCCCAUCAAAUGCCACCGCUAUGCUCUAUAAGUUCCUCGUUGGCGUCCUCGAUAAUAACCAAUACGGAUCCACCGCCGCUACACGAACCGAACACCCUCGAAAUGCUACAAAAACGAGCUCAAGAGGUUUUGGACAAUGCCAGUCAAGGACUACUCGCUAAUAACCUCGCGGACGAGCUCGCCUUCAGGGGUGGCAAGGGUUCUCGGCUUUCGCCUUACGACUCGAAAUCGGGGGGCAGCAGGGGAGAGCAUUUCUUCAAGCACCGAUGUCGUUACUGCGGCAAGGUUUUCGGCAGCGACUCGGCCCUACAGAUCCACAUACGAUCCCAUACAGGUGAGCGACCCUUUAAAUGCAACGUCUGCGGCAGCCGAUUCACAACGAAGGGAAACCUCAAGGUCCACUUCCAGAGACACACGGCUAAAUUUCCGCACGUUAAAAUGAACCCGAAUCCCGUCCCCGAGCAUCUCGACAAGUUUCACCCGCCUCUCCUUCAACAGAUAGCCUCGGGUCAAAGGCCGAUGCCGUCUACGCCACCUCCGCCUCCUCCUUCGCAUCAUCCACCCCCGUUUCAUCCAGCAGCUACGGCCCACGGAUUUCUCCCUCCUCAGCCACCCCUGUCUAUACCUCUCACCUUAUCCGGAAUGCCAUCCCUUUACCGUUCUCCCCUUAUUAAUCCUCGCGACGACCAGGAAUUACCGGAAAACUUGAGUAAACCGCCCGUAACCACGGUACCGACGGCCACCUCGCCCCUUUCCCCGGCUGCUCUAUCCAACUCCCAUCAUUCCUCCUUCCACGAUAAUCAUCAACAACAGCAGCAACAGCAGCAACAACAGCAGCAGCAACAACAGCAGCAACAGCAACAACAGAAACAACUUGAGCAAGAGGAAAUUAAAAUGGAGCAGCGUUCACCCCUUCAGGAAAGAUACCAGCAACGACCUACCAGCAGAGAUGGUACCGAUAGAAUAACGCCGAAGAAAGAACCCGAGGACACCGAGGAACCAGUCGAAGAAGAGACCGAAGAUUUCGAAGAAACGACAAGGCGAUAUCUCGCUUCUCCUCCCUCUUCGGUAAACCCACCCUCCCAACCUCAAACCUAUGAAGAUUGUAGUAUGGAUAGUAAGAUAAGUGGCAGAUUGGAGGCCGAUGGUGAUAUGGAGGUGGAUGAGGAGACCGAGGAACAACCGGAAAAUCUUUCUAGUCGAGGUACGGCCGGUCGUUUGCCUCAACAAAUCGUCGCCUAUCCAGGAGCAUCACCGGCCAGUAGCAGUGCGAGUAGCGGAAGCGUUCAAACAUCUUUCGCUGGGAUUCUAUUCCCUGGGCCAACUAGCAUUCAUCAAAUACCCCAUCAUACCGUCGCAAACGCUACCGUCGCGCCAACCGUUUCGGCGACCGAGAUGAUCGUCGAUCCAUCCAAGGAUCCAGCGAUAUACUCGAGUCUUUUACCAAGACCUGGAAGCAACGACAAUUCCUGGGAGAGUCUUAUAGAAAUAACGAAAACGUCAGAGACAUCGAAACUGCAACAAUUGGUCGACAACAUAGAACACAAAUUGACUGAUCCAAAUCAAUGCGUAAUAUGUCACAGAGUAUUAUCUUGCAAGAGUGCACUGCAAAUGCAUUAUCGAACGCAUACGGGGGAACGUCCUUUCAAAUGUAAAAUAUGCGGACGAGCUUUUACCACUAAAGGUAAUCUUAAAACCCAUAUGGGCGUACACCGUGCUAAACCCCAGUUAAGAGUGUUUCAUCAAUGUCCCGUUUGUCAUAAAAAAUUCACGAACGCUCUCGUACUACAACAACACAUACGUCUGCAUACAGGCGAGCCAACAGAGCUCAGUCUGGAGCAGAUACAAGCUGAUGAAGUGGGUGAACUCCCUCCGGGUUACGCGCAUCAUCCGUUAGCUACCUUCCUACCUCAAGUAUUUCCACCGAUUCAUCCGUCGAGCUCGGGUUUCACUUUAGGAUUUCCACCUUCCCGACAACCCCCCAUUGAACGGCAACUUCCGAAAAACGAUGCCGAUCUUAAAGAAGAAUCCCAAUCACAUCAACAUCAACACCAACUUCACCAUCAACCCGAACAACAUCAUCAACUUAAUCAGCAUCAACUUAAUCAACCACCACCACCACCACAACAACAACAAAAUCAAAACCUACAACAACAACAACACCAACAGAGAUACAUGGACGAACAUAACGAGGAAGUGGAAGAGCAAGAAGACGAAGAGGAAGAUCGUAGGGAGGAUGACGAGAGGUGCGAGAUCAAUCGAGACAGGUGUAUACAGGAUACGGAAGAAGAACAGGAUCAUGAGACUGAAGAAAGCGAACAAAGGGAAAUAUCACCGUCGAAUUUUUCUACGUCAUUGGUGGCAUUGGAAAAUCAAGUACGAACUAUAACAACAACAGCUAUAGGUACGGGAUCAAGUGUCCUUGCUAGAUCACCAACGUAUCAUCGUUACAACGGUAGCGAGAAAAGCAAUAGCCCUCCAAGUGGUGCAGCACCCCUUGAUUUAACCCCACGAGCUUCUUCUACACCUGCAUCAGUGUCGUCAGCAGCAACACCGCCACCCCAGACAACGACGACACCCCAUCACGCGCCGCAUCCUUUCGGAAUGUUCGCAGGCCUCUUGCAGACGGUCUCCUCGCCAUCCACCAGCACAAUGGGUUCCUCGUCCAGCAUAAACAGUGUUACUUCGAUGAAUACCGUCCCACCACCACCUCCUCCUGGCAGCAGUGCCACUGGACCACUAGCAUCUUUGACAUCAUCCGCAGUACUUGCUGCUACGUCGACAUACAAUCCGCUCGGCCUAGCUGUAGGAGGGCCAGCAGUACGUGGAAAUACUACGUGUAAUAUCUGCUACAAGACAUUUGCGUGCAACUCUGCUCUGGAGAUUCAUUAUCGAAGUCACACGAAGGAACGGCCUUUUAAAUGCACCGUAUGCGACAGAGGAUUUUCAACAAAGAAUGCUGGAUCAGACGUAUGCUCUUCGUGCGCGGAACAACGUAAGCCCUUUACCAUAAAGGGCAGUACAACUCAACAACAACAACAACAACAACAACAACAAACGAAUAACCGAUAUCAGAACGAGGAUAGAAGAACGUCGACUAGCGGAAACGAGGAGAAACCCAAACGCAGGCGGCGGAGGCCUGAGGAACGGAAGAACCGGGGGCGGACCGGGACAGGAGGGGGGCGGGGGCUGACGUCGAUCUAUUCAACCGUCCGCCUGCCCCCGCUGAUGCCACCCGCCCUCGGACUUCUCACCUCGGACCACGUCUUCCUGGGCAACAUGAAACAGCACAUGCUGACACACAAAAUACGCGAUAUGCCAUCCCAUCUGUUCACCGAUGCGAAACAACAACAACCACCACCACCACCACCACCAUCACAACAACAACCACAACAACAACAACAACAACAACAGCAACAACAACAACAACAACAGCAACAGCAAAGCCAGGAUCACGAGAAUUCUAGGAGUCCAAUGUGCAGUGACGAUUUGAGUUUACCACCACCAUCUUUACCACCACCACCACCACCACCACCACCACCUGUACCACCUACGUCGAUCGAGUCAGGUGUACCAAUGAAGAGAUCUCCACCUGAAGGUGAUCUUCCUGCGCCUAAAAGACUAGCCAGCGUGCCGAGCAAACACUUGUGCCAGAUUUGCAAUAAGAAUUUCUCAUCAUCUUCGGCCCUCCAGAUCCAUAUGAGAACACAUACCGGAGACAAACCAUUCCGAUGCACCGUCUGCGCUAAGGCCUUCACCACCAAGGGUAAUUUAAAGGUACACAUGGGCACACAUAUGUGGACCAACGGAGCUCAUCGUCGAGGUCGACGCAUGUCGUUGGAUCUGCCACCUCUGCCCAUCACACCCAAGGACUCGGACUUUCUUCAACGACGGCCGGAUCUUUUCUAUCCUUAUCUACCCGCGCCAUUCCUUAACGGAGUACAAAAGUUGAACGAGAUAUCGGUGAUUCAAAGUAACAACGGAUUGCCAGCCCAUUCUGUAGGAGCAGCAAAAUAUGCCGGAUUAUUUGGAACAGUUUACGGUGGUAACGGAGGAGGUGGUUUUCCCGGUGACAAACAACCCAUGGCACCAACAAGUAACGGUCCAUUGGUCGACGGUAAACCAGCGAUACCAACUGGUUCGAUGCUAUUUCAGACACCGUCACCUUCACAUUCACCUGGUACACCAUCAUCUAACAGUGGCAAUCAAAAUUCGGCUAGUAUGCCAUCAUGGACGACGAGUCCUAACGAUCCUUUGCAACAUCAUUUUGAUCGUGAACCACCCGGUAGAACGGAAAAUGCAUCAACACCACCUUCGGCGAGAUUACCGCCACCUUCGGCGCCUAGGGGCGAAGGUUUAGCCGCGUGAACCUUGACAUAUCCUUGGAUUUUAUCGUAAAGUCCUUAAUUCUCGCUAUUUAUGUACAGUUUAGGAGUAAUAAUUAUAAUUAUAAU